GAGCUGUGCGUAUGACGUCACACGCAAGACGCGCUCUAGUAGACGCCGACCUUCCUCCCAGAAGUCACUGCGCUGUGUUCCUCAGAGGAGAUGGCGAGUCAGUGCCGGGUGACGGAGCUGCUACUGCGGCCGCUGCGUGAGCUCCAGGAUGGCUUCUCUCCGGACUCCAGGGCUGCGGUACAGGGUGUGCUGGAGGCGGGAGCCGGGUCCCUCAUAUCAUUCCGGGUCCUACGGGAACUACAUACCCUGCUACGGGAAAGAGGUUCCCAUAUGUACCUGCAUGAACUGCUGGAAGGUAGUGAGAUCCAUUUACCAGUGGUCGAGCUGCCUAAACGGAACCCAGAACUUGUGGCUCGCCUAGAGAAGAUAAAGGCUAAGCUGGCAAAUGAGGAAUACAAGAGGAUCACAAAGAAUGUCAGUUCUCAGUGCAGUCAGCAUGGAACUCUGUCUGACCUUGGAAGACAAGUGCGGCCAUUAAAAAAGAUCAUCAUUACAAUCUUCAAUUUUUUAGUCACAGUUGCAGCUGCAUUUGCAUGCACUUAUAUUGGAAGUCAGUAUGUCUUCACAGAGUCUGCUGCGCGGGUCCUAUCCUCGGUGAUUGUGGCUUCUUUUGUGGGAUUGGCAGAGCUAUAUGUUCUGGUUCGGACCAUGGAGGGACAACUUGGAGAACUAUAGUAUACGUUUUGAACUGCCACCCUCCCCGACUUUGUGUGACUUCAACAGAUGUACUCUGCUGUAACCAUGCUUUAUUCCAUGACUACUGCUUCUUUUCCCAUAAAACAUGGAGAACUGUACAGUUGGCUAAACAAGAUUUUAUUUUUAAGGAUAAGUAAAUCUGUUUUUACUGUUCAUUGUUGGUUGACUUAUCUACUGUGGUGUACAGCUGCUAUUAGGCCACCUUCACGAUUAAUAUACUAAAAUCUAGUCCCCCCCCCCCCCCCCGCCCCUUCUCAAGCUUGCAUGUUGGUAGCUAGAAACCUGCAGAACGCUGGGCCCAUAUAUUAAAGACAAUGGUGAUGUACACUUGGCUUAAUGUCACAACCUAUGAAGAAGUGUAAAACCAAUUUCGCAGUGCAUUUAGAUGUGUUGCAUCAUUCAUUUGAUUGGAUAAAUUGUGGUUUGUAUAGGCAAACCUCUCUAUAAAGGCAUUGGUAGCAUGUGAGUGCAAAACACCAUAGCAGAUGGAUUUACUCCAUUUAGUGGAGGGUGGUGUGAAGUUCCCAGUACACACAACCUCAUUGUGAGGGUCAGUUGUGAGAAAUCUAAGGUACAUGUAUGGCCUUACAGAUGGUAAAGGAAAUGACUGCUGACAUGAACAGACGUUGUUUUUGGUUCAAGGCGGUGAGCACAGAAUCCACCAUUGAGGUUGUCCUCUGUGUAUUUGGCAUUUCAAGAGAGUGUAGAGCUCUCAUCACAAGCCUCAGCUACUUACAAACUACUAAAUAAAGGCCAAGAACAGGCUGAGACCAAAGUCACUGGUUUUAUUUCUGUGGAAACUAAAUGGUAUUCUGGAUUGAUAAACUGUUGCUUUAAAAUUGCUGAACUACAAAAUCCAGAAACCUUUGCCUCCUGUCUAAUGUUUUCAACUGUAUAUCUGUGUUUUCUGCUGUUUCUGUGUAAAUUUCCUUGAUCAAAUAGAGAUAUCUGUAUGUGAGUCUUAUGAUUAUAUGGAAAACACCUAAUUAAAUGCACUAUGUUAAAAUGCACUCAUGGUGGACACCCCAAGUGUCUUGCCCAAUAAGCUGCUAUAUUUAUGAAUGUUACAUACCCAGGCAUAUGGAUUCUAUUUAUAUACCGAAAGAAAAACUCUGCUGUUGUCUUAAAAGUUCACCACUCUGGUAGUGUGUGCAGCUCGUGCUUUAACAGUGUGGCUGGAAUGAGCAUAUAAAGCUCUCGUUGAUAUGGAUAAAAUCUGUAGCGUUUUAAGGCUUUGUUCACAUCUGCUUUACAGAUUUUAUGAUAUAUCUGAAAAAAAACAGUACCACAUUUACUACUGGUUUUCCCAUUAAAAGGAUGGAUAUCACUCCGAACCUGACAGACCCCUUAUAAGUUAGUGGGAUCCGACAAGCCACCAUUUUAUUUCAGCUUCUAUGAUCAAACAGAAAACUGGAACUGAUGAUGCAAUUGUAAACUCAGCAUUAAAAAAAUCUUGACCACCAUUUCAUAUUUACAGUAAUUUAUCUUGCACUUUUCUUAAGUUAUAGUCUCUUACAGCAUUUUCUCCUACAGAGCUCCUUUUACAAUUCUACCUACGGAGCACAAAUCUCCCAGCAGUCCUUAUUAGUGUACUGUCUGUACAGACCUUGCUUUGUUGACUUGUGUUCUUUUAUAUAGGGUAUAGUCUUUAAUGUUUGGCCCAAUGUAUGUUCAAACUUUUUUCUAUUUACUUCUGACAUGGCUACAUAUACAGUCAUGGCCAUAAAUGUUGGCACCCCUGAAAUUUUUCAAGAAAAUGAAGUAUUUCUCACAGAAGAGGAUUGCAGUAACACAUGUCUUGCUAUACACAUGUUUAUUCCCUUUGUUUGUAUUGGAACUAAACUAAAAAAGGAGGGGAAAAAAUUGGACAUAAUGUCACAUCAAACUCCAAAAAUGGUCUACACAAAAUUAUUGGCACCCUUUCAAAAUUGUGGAAAAAUAAGAUUGUUUCAAGCAUGUGAUGCUCCUUUAACCCCCUUAAGGACAUGUGCUGUAAAUAUACGGCGCUUCAUAGCAUCACUUAGCGCACAGUGCCGUACAUUAACGGGGCUGUGACACGAGCACAGGAGCCGCGAUGGCUUCAUUCCCGGCGCGUCCCAGUGGCCGUCAGCAGCCGCGGACCCACCGGUAAUGGCUGACAUCAGCAAUUUGCACAACAGCAUGUGAAAUUGAUUGUCAAUCAUUGUUGUUUCCUGAGGGGACAGUGAUUUCACAGAAGUGUGACUGACUUGGAGUUACAUUGUAUUCUUUAGUGUUCCCUUUUUAUUUUUAUGAGCAGAGUAUUUUUGGAUCUGAAGAACAAUUUCUUACCACUGUUUUGAGAUUUAUUGCUUAAAUAUGUUACCCUUUUUCUAUGAGAUUUGUAUCUUAUUUCUGUUUAGAUUUUUUAUUUUUUUUUAUUCGCUUUAUAUUUUUAAAGCAGGGGUCUCAAACUCGCGGCACCCGCUCCCUAACUUGAGUGCACUGCGAGCACUGCAGGGCUGAGCGAAUAUUUGUCUCAUUGUCCUGAUAGGCUGAGUGCUCGUUCCACAGAAAUUUCCUAUCAGGACAAUAAGACCCUAUUCGCUCAGUCCUGAUAGGCUGAGCGCUCAUUCCACCCACAGAAAUUUCCUAUAAGGGUUGAGCGAAUUUGGUCUCACUGCCCUGAUAGGCAGAGCGCUCGUCCUUAUCCGUGAUUGGCUGGCAGUGCCGAAAGGAGAAGAGGAGAAAGGGGAGUAGUGCGCAGGUGGCUGUCCCGUACGGAGAAGUGCAUCUGACUGAGCACAAGCACAUAAGGGGAGAUUUUUCAAAACGGCCGUCACGCCCCCUCCCACAGACUUGCAUUGAGGGAAUGGGGCGUGACGUCACAAACUUCUGUUCCCGUCGUCGGGACUCAGACCCUCCAGCGCUUCCGGUAAAGAAACGGGUGGGUGCUGCAUGCUAUAUUGCGGGGGUCCCCAGCGGUGGGACCCCCACGAUCAGACAUCUUAUCCUAGAUGUCUAGGGGUGGAGUACCCCUUUUAAGGACCGUUAAUGUUUAGAACUGUUAUUAAGAUUGUAUCAGUUGUACAUUUUUGAAUUUUUAAUCUCUUUUUGUGGAAUACUUGAUACGGCCCAGCCUCAACCUCCAGUGGCCCCCAGAUAAUUUUGAGUUUGAGACCCCUGUUUUAAAGUGACUAAACUAAACAAACAGUCCAAAUGCUUAAUAUUUCUAUAGUAAUACCUGUGUUUAUAUAGCCCCUCUGCCUGUAUUCUGUAAUAUUCUCUAUUUACUAUUAAUAAAAUAUCUAUUGAUGACUUUUA